ACACUUCACGUUCACUAGUCUGUGUAAUUUGGAUAUUGCCUUGAUAAAUGAUAAUAUCGUAAAAUUAAAGUUUUAUAAAGUGUAAUAAUAUUAAUAUUAAGUUUAAAGUAUUACUGCUUAAGAAUAGAAGCAAGUGGUUAAAAAUGUUUCUUACUUUAAAAUAAGCAUGUUAGGUGAUAUUCAACUCACUAAACGCUUGAUUGUUAUUGCGAUUGCACUAGGCAUUAUUUUAGUUUUAAAAGAAUACGUGUUUGUAUUUUCACAAUGACUCAACACAGAGUAGCUUAUUUUUAUAACCCAGACGUAGGAAAUUUUCAUUAUGGCCCUGGACAUCCGAUGAAACCACAUAGGCUAUCCGUAACGCAUAGUUUGGUGCUCAAUUAUGGACUGCACAAGAAAAUGCAGAUUUAUAGACCAUACAGAGCAAGUGCACACGACAUGUGCCGUUUCCACAGCGAGGAUUAUAUUGAAUUUCUGCAGAAUGUAACUCCACAAAAUAUUCAGAGUUAUUCAAAAGAUUUGCUUCACUACAAUGUAGGUGAUGAUUGUCCUGUGUUUGAGGGUUUAUUCGACUUCUGCUCUAUGUAUACAGGAGCCUCCCUUGAAGGGGCAAUGAAACUUAACAAUAAUGCUUGUGACAUUGCUAUAAAUUGGUCUGGUGGAUUACAUCAUGCAAAAAAGUUUGAACCUUCAGGUUUUUGCUAUGUAAAUGAUAUAGUGAUAGCUAUAUUAGAAUUACUUAAAUUUCACCCAAGAGUGCUAUACAUAGACAUUGAUGUUCACCAUGGUGAUGGUGUUCAAGAAGCAUUCUAUUUAACCGAUAGAGUAAUGACAGUGAGCUUCCAUAAGUAUGGAAAUUAUUUCUUUCCGGGAACUGGAGAUAUGUAUGAAACUGGAGCUGAAAGUGGAAGGUAUUUCUCAGUUAAUGUGCCGCUGAAAGAAGGAAUUGAUGAUCACAGCUAUGUCCAGGUUUUUAAGCCAGUUAUAUCUAGUGUGAUGGAGUUCUAUCGGCCAACCGCAAUUGUACUUCAAUGUGGUGCUGAUUCCUUAGCUGGGGAUCGACUUGGAUGUUUCUCACUUUCAACUCGAGGUCACGGGGAAUGUGUGCAAUUUGUCAAGAAUCUGAAUCUCCCCACACUUGUUGUAGGAGGAGGAGGUUAUACCCUCCGUAACGUGGCGCGUUGUUGGACAUAUGAGACCUCACUUCUAAUUGACGAAGAUAUUUCAAAUGAGCUUCCAUACACCGAGUAUCUUGAGUUUUUUGCACCAGAUUUCCAGUUGCAUCCUGAAGUAUCUGGGACAACAAAUGCUAACAGUAAGCAGUAUUUGGAUGCAAUAAGCAAAUAUGUAUAUGACAAUCUGAAGAUGUGUCAGCAUUCACCUGCCGUACAGAUGUCACAUAUACCAGGUGACUUCUUUCCCGAAGAAGAGAGGAUAAAAGAGGAACCAGAUCCGGAAAUCCGUAUCAGUCAAGAGGAAGCAGAUAAAAUGGUGGAGCCUAAGAACGAGUUUUAUGAUGAUGAGAAAGACAAUGACAAGGAAUCAGUACCAGAGAGCAAGGAGUCCUAGCGAUCACCUUCGGCCAGCCCGGCCACACCCACUUGACACGGCAAAUUAAAAAAGUACUGGCUUCUACUCGGCCAGACUACUGACAGUGACAGUUCAAGUGAGCCUAAAAGUGGUGAAAGUGAUGAACUAAAAUGACUUAUGUGGUAAACUAAAGUGUUAUGUAC